GCGGGGCGGGGCGCGGAGCGCGCAUGCGCCGCAGCGCCAGCGCUCUCCCCGGAUCGUGCGGGGCCUGAGCCUCUCCGCCGGCGCAGGCUCCGCUCGCGCGAGCUUGCUCCCGCCGCCAUGUCUGCCACCGUCGAGCGGGAGUUUGAGGAGUUGGAUGCUGAGAAUCGCUGGCAGCAGCUGUACUUGGAAAUUCGCAAUGAGUCCCAUGACUAUCCUCAUAGAGUGGCCAAGUUUCCAGAAAACAGAAAUCGAAACAGAUACAGAGAUGUAAGCCCAUAUGAUCACAGUCGUGUUAAACUGCAAAAUGCUGAAAAUGAUUAUAUUAAUGCCAGUUUAGUUGACAUAGAAGAGGCGAAAAGGAGUUACAUCUUAACACAGGGUCCACUUCCUAAUACAGGUUGCCAUUUCUGGCUCAUGGUUUGGCAGCAAAAGACCAAGGCAGUUGUCAUGCUAAACCGAGUUGUGGAGAAAGAAUCGGUUAAAUGUGCACAGUACUGGCCAACAAAAGACGACCGAGAGAUGCUAUUUAAAGAAACAGGAUUCAGUGUGAAGUUCUUGUCAGAAGAUGUGAAGUCAUAUUAUACAGUACAUCUACUCCAGUUAGAAAAUAUCAAUAGUGGUGAAACCAGAACAAUAUCUCACUUUCAUUAUACUACCUGGCCAGAUUUUGGAGUCCCUGAAUCACCAGCUUCAUUUCUCAAUUUCUUAUUUAAAGUGAGAGAAUCUGGUUCCCUGAAUCCUGAACACGGGCCUGCAGUGAUCCACUGUAGUGCAGGCAUUGGGCGGUCAGGCACCUUUUCUCUAGUAGAUACCUGUCUUGUUCUGAUGGAAAAAGGAGAUGAUAUUAACAUUAAACAACUGUUACUGAAUAUGAGAAAAUAUCGAAUGGGACUUAUUCAGACACCAGACCAACUCAGAUUUUCAUAUAUGACUAUAAUAGAAGGAGCAAAAUUUAUAAAGGGAGAUGCAAAUAUACAGAAACGGUGGAAAGAGCUCUCUAAGGAAGACGUAUGUCCUACUUUUGAUCAUUCACCAACCAAAAUAAUGACUGAAAAAUACAAUGGGAAUAGGAUAGGCCUAGAAGAAGAAAAACUGACAGGUGACAGAUACACAGGACUAUCCUCUAAAACGCCGGAUACCAUGGAGGAGAACAGCGAGAGUGUUCUACGGAAACGUAUUCGAGAGGACAGAAAAGCUAACACGGCUCAGAAGGUGCAGCAGAUGAAACAGAGGCUAAAUGAGACUGAACGAAAAAGGAAAAGGUGGUUAUAUUGGCAACCUAUUCUCACUAAGAUGGGGUUUGUGUCAGUCAUUUUGGUAGGCGCUUUCGUUGGCUGGACACUGUUGUUGCAGCAGAAUGUCCUAUAAAUAACAACUCUGCCCUGCAAGCCCCCGCACUCGUAGCUAACAGUGUUGCGUUAGUCACAAGGGUUUGUCUGUUAGCAAAUCCUCACGCCCCAGAAACGGUGCGGUAGAAUAGACACCAACCAGAUAAGCGAUAUAUUCAGUCCCCAGCCCAACAUCUCAGGACACUGUCCCCAAACUGUAAACAGCUAUCCGAAAUAAAGACUUGAAUGCUUAUUGAAAACUGGUACAUUUUGCAACUGUAUUCGUACAUGUUCAGCAUAAUAUUUCACCUGGCCAGAUUGAGAAUUCCUCAAAACAAGGAUUUGUUUUUGGAGGCUAUCUGGAUUUUAACCUGCACUUGAUAACAAGCAAUAAAUAUUGUGGUUUUAUCUACAUUAUUACUGGAAAGAAAAUGACCUUUAAAUAAUGCGUGUAAUGUAUAAUGUACUGUUGACAUGGGCAUCAACGUUUUAUAUUCUUAACCAUUUCAGGGUAAAUAUAUUUUAUAAGUAUUUAAUCUUUUGUAGUUAAAUGUACUUUUUAAAAGCUCAAUAUGCAAAAUCUGUUACCGUAAAAAAAAAUAAAUUGUAUGUUGAUUCAAUUGUACUGGAUACAUUUUCCUAAAGAGAAGUUUGAUAUGAGCAGUUAGAACUACUCUGAAUAAGCACUUUUUACUCUAUAUUUGCAUUUCUUUUAUGUUUCACAGUUUUCCCAAAUUUAGAAAGAGAAAGAAACAAAAACUUUCCUUAAAAAUAUCUUUGAAGGAAAAUUCUCCUUACUGGCAUAGUCAGGUAACAUUUUGGUCUCAAGACUUUGUAAAGAAAUUGGUUACUGUAAAGCCCAUGAUGGUACUGUUUAUUUUUCGUGAACAUUUCAAUGUAAUUACCCUAAUUUAUAAUUGGGGUAAACCAUGAUUUAGGAAAUAAAAAGAAGGAGCAGCAUUUUAUUAUCCACAAUUUCAGUUUACUAUACUGAAGUUUUGAAGUAAAAAAUUUUCAGGUUCUUUCUACUUCAAUAAAUAGUAUGAUGAUGUACAAACCUGACCUUGUCCCUUUAACUUCUUAAUGGGUAUUUUUAAAGCAUAUUGUCUGAUGAAUUUAACUGCUCAUUUGAGUGCUAGCCUUCUUCAUAUCCCAACAUUCCAUUCAGCGUUUCACUUGUUUAACUUAAACUUUAAAUAGUUGUUAUAAAUUUAAUUGCUGACAUAAUAAAAUCACAUUAUUUCACUGGUUUCAAACUACGCUCAUUGGAUUUCUGAGGGGUCUCCCAGAGAUGGUUGGAAGGACUCCAAGCUACCAGCCUUUAUUUUCAACCAGAACAUGUCUGCUUUAUCUAUUUUAUAUACUAUAUAAGAUCACUGCAUGAGGUUUAAUUAUUUUAAGGGGACAGUUAAAAUCCUAAAAACAGUUUGAAAACCAUUGGUAUAGAUAGGUAUUUUGAACUGAUUUUUAGCAGCCUUCUUGAAUGUGUUAAAUUGUGCUGAAAGUCUGAAAGCAGGAUGUAGGUGGUACUACAUAUUAAAUAAGAUUUGCGUAACUUGUGCCUGUGUCCUAAUUCAGUAUUACUGUGUCCUGUAACCUUUAAAUGGAGAGGAGGUAAGAGGGACAUUUUUUUGUUUUAAAUGUCUGUCUGCAUUAAACCUGUGUUCAGGUACUG